AUGGUCAUCUCGGGGACUACGUUGACAACGGAAGAGAUCAGAUCAAAGAUGCUGAGGAAUAGCCGAUCAACAAUCAACCAGCUGGGGAAAUCUGUACUGUCUUUGGAGGCCACGGAGGAGGAGGCAAGUGGGGCCGGGAUAGUCCUGGAGACUCUUGACCAUAUGUGCAUACAGUAUGCCUUGAGAUUUAAAUUUCAAGCCUCUAACAAUACUGCGGAAUAUGAGGCUUUGCUAGUCGGACUCAAAUUGGCUGCAAACAUGGGGACUCAAUACCUUGAAGUUUUUAGCAACUCACAAUUGGUCGUCAACCAAAUAGUUGAUGCUUAUCAAGCUAAGAAGGAGCACAUGAAAUCCUACCUCCAAAGAGUUAAAGAAUUAAUCAGAAAGUUUCAGAAAUAUAGGGUCGCCCUGAUUCCACGUGCUGAGAACUCAAAAACUGACAUGUUGGCGAAGCUCACUACGGCAGACGAAGAUCAAAUCUUGAGGUCCAUCCCGAUCGAAUUCUUUACCAAACGGAGCAUCAAUGAAGCCGAGCUCGUCACCGUGCUUCUGGUUGCUUAG